GCUUCAAAGACUCGAUCCAAAGUGCUCCGAACUGUGCGUGCCAUGGACUUCUAACAGAAGCCAAUGGUGUCGCCUCCCAGCUUGUCUCCGCGCCGCCCCCGCUUUGGUGACGAGGAAGAUCGGGGUCGGCGCAACAGCGGGUCCAUCGACCGCUUCCGAGACUCCUCACGGGCACGCCAGUCUUCCAGGCCGCCGGAGGAUCGCUCGCGGCUGUCCUUGUCCAGGCGGCUUUCACCCUCAGGCAGCCUCGACCUCUCGCCAAAGAGCAGCGAGGCUGGCACGCUCUCCAGCCAGUUUGCCGCAACUGCCCACCUCUUCGAAUCUGGCCUCAGUCUAGGCCUGUCUCCUUCAGGCAGCGCCUUGCCCCGCACUCCAAGUCGGCACCGUGACGAUGCCAGCGACUACUCAGAUGACUUUGAGGCACCCCAAGCGCGAGCAACGACCAUGAGGGCACCUGGGAUUGGGGUCAGACCAGGAACUCCUCCUGCUCGACCAGCAACGCCGUCGCAGCCAGCAAGGCCAGCACCAGCAGCACCUGGCGCACCUGCAGUGCCAGCCAGGCCAGCGCCCGCCGCACCUGGCGCACCCGCAGUGCCAGCACGGCCAGCGCCCGCCGCACCUGGCGCACCCUCAGUGCCAGCAAGGCCAGCCCCCGCCGCACCUGGCACACCCGCAGUGCCAGCAAGGCCGGCACCCGCCGCACCUGGCGCACCCGCAGUGCCAGCAAGGCCAGCGCCCGCCGCACCUGGAGCACCCGCAGUGCCAGCAAGGCCGGCGCCCGCCGCACCUGGCGCACCCGCAGUGCCAGCAAGGCCAGCGCCCGCCGCACCUGGCGCACCCGCACCCGGUGCACCCGCCGUGCCAGCAAGGCCCGCAUCAGCAGCACCCGGUGCACCCGCAGUGCCAGCAAGGCCAGCACCAGCAGCACCUGGCAUAGCAGCGGCCCCAGCGGCUCCUGUUAUUCCUGGCUUGCCAGCGAGGCAAAGUCCUGCUGCACCCGCACUGCCCGUGGCGCCCGCAGUGCCCAUGCCAGCACAACCUGCGGCUCCUGCACCUAUACCUGCAGUAGCUGCCGUGCCAGCACCCCCCGGUUCUGCAUUGACUCCUCCAGUGCCGCCUUCGCCGUACCCAGAAAUCCCCAGUGUGCCUGGUGUACCACUUCCCCCACCGCCGCCACCGCCGCCAGAUCCAGCCAUGGUGGAGGCAAAGCAGGACGACGAGGCGCUGCUCCAGAUGUUGGGGGACUCCCCGCUGCGGCGAAGGAGCCGAUCCCUGAAGACCUUGCGCCGUGGCAGCCGCAAGCUGCAGGUGGUGGUGCAGCACCGCCGCGAGCUGUGCAGCGCCAUUUGCGAGGUGCUGCAGCUGCCAGACCUGGUGCUGGACGCCGACGUGACCGUCGCUGGGGUGCGCCUGAAACGCGGCAUGCAGCUCGUGCCGCCGGCUGCCGCGGGCACGGGCCUGGCACGGUCCAAGGAGCUGCUGCAGCGGGGCCUGGAGAAGGCGGUGAAGCUUACCUUCGCCUGGCCGGACCAUUUGGAGGACCCUCACUUCAUGGCGCUACCCUGGAAGUGCCCGCAGUGCCGCUUCCCCUACUGGGUUCAGGCGCCUGAGGCGUUGUCCGGCAUCUCUUUGCUGCGGAGCGCCCUGCCUGGCGUGGAGCAGUAUGUGGACGGCCCUGCGCGGGAUUUGUGGGCCCUGAGCGGCCUAGCGCGCAGGGAGAGCCUCACGGAGCACCAGCUCCGCGAGAUGGACAACAGUUUCAGCGCCGGCAAGGUGCAGUGCAGCGCUUGUGCCAAGCGCCUCACUUGGAGUACGGUGAACUGUUGUCUGCUUUGUGGCCUCUACGUUUGCCACAUUUGCAUCUACCGCGCCCGCGCUGAUCGGAGAACGCUUUGCUGCCCAGCUGGGCCAGCUGAGGGGAAAGCAGGGGUCUACUACUCGCUGCUCUCCUCGCAUCUCGAGGGCCGCUUCGAUCUUUCUCCUGUCUUGGACUUCGGGAGCUUGGAGAGGUUUUUGGUCGAGGGCUCCGGGUGCCGGCUGCUUCAGCGCAAGGCUGGCCUUCUCGAGCCCUUGCGAAGCCAUGCAGAGUGCUACGGCAGGGCUGCGCUGCUGCAGGCACAAGCCCAGCAGCUGCAGGGCGAGGAGCGUCUGAAGCUCUUGCACGAGGCCCGGGAUGCCCUGCAGCAGUCUAUGGCCAUGAAAGCCCCAGGUGGUUUGUACAAAAUGGAAACUGGUGUCAGUGCGGACCCCCGUGUGUGGUACCUCCUCGGGUUGGUGCUUUGCGACCUGGGCUCCUUUGAAGAAGCGCGCCAGGUCUACCGGCAAGCGCUUUGCCGGCUGCCCAUGUACUACUUUGCCCACGUUGUGCACUUCAACCUGGCCUUGUUGCGGAGCCGGCAGCGGGACUCCGGCGCGGCGGCCGCCAGCUGCAGCGCGCUGCUGGAGCUGAGGCGCUGCUGCCGGGCCCUGCGCAGGCAAGAAGGACCAGGAGAAGCUUGCUGGAUUUGUGGCAGGCAGGUACCAGAGGCGUGAGUUCUAUGGCGUCCAUCUGUCUGGCUGUGCCAAAGAGCAUUUGCCAGGAAGCAGAGCCUUUCCAGAAGCGAAUUCGGCCGGGCAUGUGGAUAUUGCCAGUGGAGCGCCAGGGCAUGUACAUAGAACACAGCCAGCCUGGUUUCCAGAAUGCAUCUUGCAGGAUUCCGCA